UUUUCUUUCUUUCUAUUUGUUUCACUUUUUAUGACUCUGUAGAAUAUUUGGUUUGGAAAGAACUUUUUUUUUUCCCCAAGAAUUUCAUUCUCUAUAAAAAGUAUAGAUUUUCCAUCUGGACUGUUAAUGAUUAUUAUUAUUUAAAAUCCUUAGUUAUUUUUACUUUUUUAUUUGUUUUUCAUGGAUAUUAACAAUACAAUGUAUAUGUGCUAUCUAGCUUGUGAUCAUUUUCUCUACUAUUACCAAAAAACACGAUUACACCAUCUGUGUCUAAUUCUCAUCCUGAAAUGUUGACAUUAGCAAGUACAUCCAAAAAAUUCACAAGGAUAAAUCUGCAUACUUUAAGUACUAUAACUAUCAGACACUAACUAAGAAGUGGCAACUCCUCUACAGGAAAAUCUCCAAGUCAGAUUUAAAGAAAAAUCUAAUAGAGCAAAGAAAAAAGUUUUGGAAUUGGAAUUGUGUAUUUUUCUUGUUCUUCAUUCUCCUUCAAUAAGUAGCCAAGCCUGUGUAUCCCCCUUACCCCUCCUUCUUCCUCUCAUUUUCCGUUUUCUUAACACAGGAUUGGUCUCUCUUUGUCAGUCUUGUUUUACUAUGUUGUAGAGCUACAAUUCUUCCUGCAUGAAUAUGAAAUGGGCUGGAUUGAAUUAGGGGGAAGUGGCAGCUCCACCUCUCUCAUCAGAUUCAGGACUAGAUUAGUGGUGGAGAUGGAACAAACCAGACAGUACUGGCAGCAUGACAAUAACCAGCUUUGCUGUGGCUCUAAUUUUAGGGAUCAUCCCUAUAGCCAGCUGCUUUGACAAGUCCUCCAGUUCAUCCAUCUAUCAUCUUCUCCACCAGCACCAGCCACUUCAACCACCUCGUCCCCCAUCCCAGUAUCCUCAGCCUAACCCUGCUUCCCAUCACCACACUGGUUGCCCAAAAUACAAAGGGAAAUGGGGAUCUGUUGGUGACUUUGUUAAUGUAACAGAGUUUGGUGCAGAAUGCUUAAACUGGGUGGACGUGCCCACUUACCUGGAGAGAACACCAGGUAAAGGUCUGGGAGACCACAACUUCUGUAGGAACCCAGAUGGGAGGAGCAAACCCUGGUGCUUCUUCAGGAAUAACCAUGGAAGGGUGGACUGGGGCUACUGUGAUUGCAAACAAGGGUCCGUACGCCUUAGGGAAAGCAAAAGCGAGUCUGAGGAAAAUGUUGUGGAAGUAUAUAUGAAUGGUGUCUGGGGAACUAUCUGCAGCAACCAGUGGGAUGAUAAUGAUGCAUCUGUCAUAUGUCGACAACUUGAGCUUGGGGAUAAAGGUACUUCUAAGAAGAUCCUAUUGUCUGGACAAAGUCUAUCUCCUGCACUUUGGAAUGAUGUACGUUGCCGUGGCAAUGAAGAAAAUAUACUACUAUGUGAAAAGUCCAUUUGGCAGGGUGGGGCAUGCCCGCAGAAUCUAGCAGCUGCUGUCUCUUGUAGUUUUACACAAGACUCUGCAUUUAUACCUGCCCGCCUGGUUGGUGGCAGCUCCACUUUUGAAGGUCGGAUAGAAAUCUAUCAUUCUGGCCAGUGGGGAACAGUUUGUGAUGACCAGUGGGACGAUGCAGAUGCUGAAGUAGUAUGCAGGCAGCUGGGACUUGGAGGUGUUGCUAAAGCAUGGAGCCAAGCGCACUUUGGAGAAGGUGUGGGUCCCAUACUAUUGGAUGAGGUGCAGUGUACAGGCAAUGAGUUGUCCAUAGAAGAGUGUCAACGGAGCACAUGGGGGGACCACAACUGUGGCCACAAGGAAGAUGCAGGUGUUUCCUGCACCCCACUGGCAGAUGGUUCUAUCAGAUUGGCUGGAGGUAAAAGUAACCAUGAAGGACUUCUGGAAAUAUUUCACAAUUCUCAGUGGGGAUCCGUGUGUGACGAUGGUUGGACUGACCUGAACACACAGGUGGUGUGUCGCCAGCUGGGAUUUAAGCAUGGAAAAAGUUCCCUGGAAAAUCACUUUGUAAGCAGCACAGGGGUGAUCUGGUUAGAUGACGUAAGGUGCACAGGGAAAGAGUCUUCUUUGAUCCAGUGCUCUAUGAAGGACUGGGGGAAGCAUGACUGUACCCAUCUGGAAGAUGUCCUCAUAACCUGCCACCAGGACGCAGAUACUCAUAGGGUUUUUACUGGUCCUCCUAUCAGAUUGAUGGAUGGUGAGACAAAAAAAGAGGGGCGUGUGGAAAUUUAUCUCAAUGGUCAGUGGGGGACAAUCUGUGAUGAUGGAUGGACUGAUAAAGAUGCAUCUGUAGUAUGUCGGCAGCUUGGCUACAAGGGUCCAGCAAAGGCCAGGACUAUGGCAUAUUUUGGAGAAGGAAGAGGUCCCAUCCAUGUUGAUAAUGUUAAAUGCUCAGGAAAUGAAAGAUCUUUGGUAGAUUGUAUUAAGCAAGAUAUUGGCAAACACAACUGCCGCCACAGUGAAGAUGCUGGUGUGAUUUGCGACUAUUUAAGCAAGAAGGAAUGGCCUGUGAGCAAAGAAUCUUCCUUAUCUGGUUGCGGUUUAAGGCUGCUGCAUCGCCGACCUAAGCGAAUUAUUGGAGGGAAAAAUUCCCUCAGAGGUGGAUGGCCCUGGCAAGUGGCACUGCGACUGAAAUCCUCUCAUGGUGAUGGACGGCUGUUAUGUGGAGCAACGCUUAUUAGUAGCUGUUGGGUGCUUACAGCUGCGCAUUGUUUUAAAAGAUAUGGUAACAAUACUCGUAAUUAUGUGAUACGAGUUGGGGACUAUCAUACACUUGUUCCAGAAGAAUAUGAAGAGGAUAUUGCAGUCCAGCAAAUUAUAAUACAUAAAGACUACAGACCUGAUGGCAGUGACUAUGAUAUUGCUCUAAUCAAGCUACAUGGGUUAUCAGAGCAAUGUGUGCGUUUCAGCAGCCAUGUUUUACCAGCCUGUUUACCACUAAGAAGGGAAAGGCCACAGAAAACUGCCCAAAACUGUUAUAUCACAGGCUGGGGUGACACAGGGCGGGCCUACUCAAGAACAUUACAACAAGCUGCUGUUAAAUUGCUACCAAAGAGAAUAUGUGAGGAGCGCUACAGGAGUAGAUUUACAGGAAGAAUGCUUUGUGCUGGAAGCUUUCCAGAACAGAAACAUGUGGAUAGUUGCCAGGGCGACAGUGGUGGACCUUUAGUGUGUGAACGCUCAGGAGGCAGCUGGACAGUGUAUGGGGUAACCUCUUGGGGUUAUGGCUGUGGAGUCAGAGACUCUCCUGGAGUUUAUACUAAGGUGUCUGCUUUUACCACAUGGAUUAAAAAUGUGGCCAAUUUAUAAUCACAAGGAGAACUGGAAGUUUCAUAGGAUGGUAGACUAAACUGUAAUGUACAUCACCACCAAAGACCUCAGGACUAAGGAUGUCUUCAUUAUGUCUGAAUCAUUUUCAGUAAUUGUAGGCAUUGUGGUAAGAGUGGUUUGACUGGUAAUGCUUAUUGUGUAACCAUCCCUGCUGUAAAAUGCCAAACAGUAUAAGGCAGACAGGUGCAUGUUGAUACUAUCCUGUUUAUGAAUGGAUAGAUGUUUUUUGUGGAUGCUGUCAGGUGCACCCACAAGAAUUCAUGUACUCUAGGUGAUAUAAUGGAUCAGCAGCGUAACAUCAAAUAUACGUCUUCUGGACAUUGUUCUCUCAGGAAUAUAUUUUAUGUAUGUUUUAAUAAUGACCAAAAAUGACAUCAAAACCAAAUAUUGCCUUAAUGGUAAUCUCUCCAUGUGUGCCAUAGCCAAAAUUGCUCUUUAGAACAGGGUUAACUUAUAUAGCUCUAAAACAAUGUAACUAAAUAUUAUAAUUUGAUGUAUAUUAGACAUGUUCUUUUAUGUUUCUGUACAUAUAGGAAAUUCCUAUUACAUAAGUAUUGACUAAGAACGAGUGAAUGUUUUUUUUAUGUUGUUACAAUGGAAUGGUAAAACAAAUAUUUACCUUGACAUUAUUUUCUGCACUUAGAAUAUUUCUAGGAUACCAAAUUUAACAUUUUAAAACAACCUUUGAAUGUUGAUUUCUAUUGAAAUCAACAUUGAUUUUACAUUUUAGUAUAUGUAAUGUAAUAAAAGUUAACCGUCUCAUGUAAAAAACAAUCAUGUUAAUUUACCAUUUGGCGAAUAUUUGACAUUCAUUUAGAAAGAAUAAAAGUGAUCUGCAAUCAUUAUAUUAUUAUUUUUUUUUUUUUUUUUAAAUGUUCAAACAUUUUCACCCACUCCUAGUAAUGGCAUGCCUCAAAGUAUGCUCAACCAUAACAGGAAGUUUGCUUUCUUUGUAAACAGUACAAAUGUCGUAAUUUGUAUUUCUUUGUGAAUAUGAACCCCUUAACAAAUGCUGAUGUACCAUUACGGCAGUUGUCAUUUUUACACUAAAGGAUUAAUGUCCAAAAGCAUCCUGGAGUGAUGUAUGUAGUAAUAGUGUGUCUAACCGUUGUUGGUGAGACCCACAGGGUAUGUCCAUCCCAUUAAAGGGUAUACACAGAUUUUUAUAUAACUGCAUGUAAUAGACACUACUAUAAAAAAAUAAUAUGCACAGAUACUGAUAUAAAAAUCCAGUAUAAAACCAUCUAAAAACUUACUUAGAAGCUUCCAGUUUAGCAAUGUUUAUGAGGUUAGGCUGGAGCACCCAGUGAAUUGGGCUGGGAAAACAAGAACAGCAGACACCCCCGUCCCCUGCAUAUGAAAAGACCCAUUUCACAAACAGGAGCAAGCUGUAGUAGGUAGACAAAAGUCCACUUCAAAACGUUGGGGAUUGGUUAGGAGUCUGAAAAUCAACACAAUGUUAUUUAAAAAUAAGUAAAAGUAUUCAUUUUUACAAAAAACCCCAAAAAACUGGGCUAUAUAAAUGGGCUAUAUAAAUGUAUCAUCUACAAAAUAUUUAUGCAAAGACAAAUCUAGUGUACUAUGUCCCUUUAAGGGGUCAACUAAAUAGAAAUGUGUGUAGCCUUUAAGUCAUAAGUUACCGUAAGAAUAUUGCACUUUCUGCUAACCAUUGAAUGGGAAACUAUAUUGUACACUAUCUUUCACAAUUGCAAUUGAACAAAUAUUUGUCAACAUGUUAACUUUCUCCCCAUGCAUUAAAAAUAUACUGUCGGCAAACA